AUGACAUCGUCGCCGCCUCCGUCCGGCGCGCUCGAGACGCACGAAGGCGCGCCAUUGGACCGCCGCGUCUUUGACUCGUGGCACGAGUUCGACGCGUACAUGGAGACGUACGCACGGCGCAGUUUCCAGCUCUUCCGCAAACGCACGUCCACGUCCGUGAAGCUGCGCAACCGACGCGUGGCCGAGCGGCUCAUGUCGGACUCGAAGAAGGCGGUGCCGCUCUCGACCGAGAGCGCGCGGAUGAUCCCGGAGCGCUACGCGAAUUACUCGCUCACGCUCGUGUGCACACACAGUGGCGCGUACGUCUCGCGGGGCACGGGGCGCCGCUCCCGGCAGGACGUGCGGGCCACGCACUGCAACGUGCAGGUGAACGCGUGUCUGAAGCUGGCCGACCCCUUGACGAAUCGGUACCAAGUGAACGUGACGCGCGCUCUCUUGACGCACAAUCACCGCGUGGAUCAGGAGACGUUCUUGCGGUACAGCAACACGCGCCUCAAGCUCUCGGACGAGCUCUUGAGCGGCGUCGAGCUCCUGCGGAAAGCAGGCGGCAAGCCCAAGGACGUGCGCAAGUACAUUAUGGAGCACUCGAGCUGCGUGCCCACGCCCAAGGACGUGCAGAACAUCCUGCAUCGACUACGUAAUCAGGAAGACGCGGCAAGAGCUGCCCAAGCUGCAGCCGCUGCUGCUACUGCUGAGCGAAAGCAGGUGCUUGACGUGCAAGAAGUCGAUUGUAAGAGCGAAGCUGAUGAUGUAAUCGUGUCGUCUGAGAACGAGGUGCUGCGUGACUAUCGCCUCGCUUCCUCAGCAGCACUAGUGGACGGCGAGUUGCAUCACACCGUGGACUUUAUGACUCAGUUGAGCGUGUCGCGCGCAAUGGGAGACGCUGUUUCAAUGCUGCUCGCGGACAUACCAGCCGCUGAGUUUGCUGCCGCGUUCCGUGUGAUGGAAGACGCGAUGAAUGCUGUACGAGACUGUCGCGAUAAACGAGGGGAUAUUGAUACAGCGAUGAGAGAAGGCACAGCAACGACCAGCGUCGAUGUGAGUGGCAGCUGUGACACGUCAUGGGUUCGAGGUCUCUAG